AUGUCUCCGGAGUACGCACUGCAAGGCAUCUUUUCAGUUAAAUCAGAUGUAUUCAGUUUUGGUGUUUUAGUUUUGGAGAUCUCAAGUGGAAAGAGGAACAGUAGCUACUUACAAUCAAAUGCUGGUGAUGAUUUCUUAAGUCAUGCUUGGAGACAAUGGAGGAAUGGGAUGCCACUAGCAUUGCUCGAACCGAGCAUCAGAGAUUCCUGCGAUCAACAGGAAGGCCCUUCUGCUGUCGCCUCUGAUGUGGUGCUCUGUUUCGUAAAGAUAGCAUUUCCUGCAGCUCUUGCAUUAGCUGCUGACCCUAUUGCCUCUCUAAUCGAUAUAACAUUCAUUGCCCAUCUACAAAGAGUCUACACUUCAUUUAGUACUGAAACUGCACGGAGAUAUCAUGAGCCCUCUUUGAUGGCCUUGGCUAGGAAGUACAAUCAGGACAAGAUUAUCUGCCGCAAAUGCUAUGAUCGCUUGUAUCCUUGUACUGUUAACUGCUGGAAGAAAAAAUACGGCCACAGCAACCAGCUGAGGGUGAAGAAGAAAAACAAUUGUCUUGGAACAAAGCAAGGAUUUGGAAGACCACUGGUCUUGUUAGUCGUAGUACAACUUAGUGCUGCAACUCUACAGCUGCCUCAGUGUGAAAGUGAUUUGGCUGCCAUGGAAGCUCCACCUGAAAAUCCUCCAUUCUUGAUUCCUAUACAUCCUGGCUUCAAGGGUGGCGUAAAAUUCCCUGAUUCGUUCUUGAAGUCUUUAGGAGGGAAAAGUUAUCGUCAGGCGGUGUUGAGAAGUGGGAAUAAAGAGUGGAAGGUCAAAGUCAUUGACCAAUAUCUUAGAGAAGGUUGGAGUGAAUUUGCAACGGACAACAAACUGGAUUCUGGAGAUUAUGUUGCUUUCAAACAUGAAGGUGACAUGGUGUUUGAGGUUUGGUUUUCGGGUGCUUAUGAUGAGUUUGAAAAGGAAGAUUCAUCCGCCAUGGAGGAUGACGACGACGACGGUGGCAACGAGGGAGAAGGUAUUGCAGCAGAUCUCGCGGGUGUCAAACAAAACCAUUCCAAGAAGAUGAAGUCAAGAGACCAAGUUCGCAUCAGAAGGGGAUCCAAAUUAACUGAACUCUUAACUGCCAGUGGUCUUAAAGAAGGAGACCCCUUCAAGUUUGAGCUAAUAGAAAAUGGAAGCACGCCAGUUGUGAAGAUUCUUCCCUAUAACUUUACGGCUGAUUCAGCUGGGGUAGAGGAGCCUAAGUCAAAGCCACAGAAGAUUGACAAAGGCGAAAGGGCCAUCGAGACUGAUAAGAAUGAUUCUUGCCCGUUUUUCCAUUCUACCAUUAUGCCUUAUUGCCUCAGUCACAGACAACUACUGCAUCUACCAUUAAAGUUUUGCAGAUCGAAUGGCUUGAUUGAGAAACUAGAGAUGAUUCUCAUAGAUGAGAGGCAAAGAUCAUGGCCAGUUAAAUUGAAGCUAAUGGGUAGCCACUUUUGCAUCACGACUGGCUGGCAGGAAUUCCGGGAAGGAAAUGAACUUAAAGAAGGAGAUGCUUACAGGUUUGAAAUCAUCAAAAAUGGAAGUAACAAGAAACCUAUUGCCCGCUUCACUCUUGUGUCCAAAAGCCCAAGUAUGUCGAUUAAAAGGGUUCAAAAGGAAAAUUCGGCCAGGUUUGAGCCAAAAUCCUCCAAGAACACUUUGACAGAGGCCAUGGAGGAGGAUCCUCCAGAGUCUACUCCUGUUUUGUCAUCACAAUCUAUCCUAGAGGGAGAAGAUGUAGACUUUGGAGUGGACGCCUCACCAAUCAUGCCGGAAAUCAAGUCAUCAAAAAUACCUUUCUCAAUUGAGGAUUUGUUUAGUCGAAUUGAAGCUGCUAGGAGGAGUAACUUGCGCUCUUCAAGUGAGAAGUCCUUUCCUCAAGACAAUAUGUCUCUCGAUGCAGCUUUACAGACGGCCAACGGUUUCUUAUCUUGGGUUCCAACUGAUGUUUAUGGCCAAAAUUCAAGUAAAAUAGCCAGCAUGGUGGCAACCCUUUUAAAUAAUUCCCCAAAUAAUGAUGUCAAAGAAUCUCUUGUUGCCUUUCAGGAGGAAUUUGCCAAGAACUGUGCAGCCUACCCGGCCUAUAAGACCAAAGUAGAUGCCUAUCUCACCUUCGUUGAGCAGAUUGAUUUGGUAGAUAAGAAGGUUGAGGGAUUGGAAGGAGACCUAAGGAAAAUGACUGAGGAUUUGGAUAAUGUGACAUUAAGAAAGCAUGAGCUAGAACGGGAUUUAGAAGAGUUGACUACUAGAGAGAAAGAGUUAGAGAAGCAGCGUCUCUCCAAAGCAAAGGUCGUAGAGGAAGCCUUAUCUGAGUUGCUCUCUCUUCGAUCUUCUGAAGCUUCCAAGAAGGAAGAGUUCGAUUUGUCCCUUCCUAUCGUUGGUAUAGCUGAUACAGUUUGCAAUGAUCUGAAAAAGGUACUUCAAAGCUCCUUCCCUAUUGUAAUCCCGCAUGAUUCUAGAGAUAUGGCUCGGGAGCCGAGUGACCCUGCAACUGGAUGUCGUCAGUGA